AUGGCGCCAAGUACAAGCCGACUGGCUCAGGCCGUUGUUGGGCUGUUAUUAUUCCAGGUACCUCUAUCUUUUAGUUCACCUACUACUCCUCAGGAGCCCUGUGCUCUCGUCGCCGCCGCGCAAAAGAAGAGGUUAGAAAGUUCAUCUGUUAAGCAAUUCACUGUCACAGCGGAGCUUGCCACUCUAUGUCUGAACAGUGUUCCAUUCAAUUCUAAAAGAGCUGUGGAAUAUCUAGAUGCGUUGGAUUAUUAUUUCGAUUGGCAGUCCACUAAGAAGUGGCUAAAAAACCCCCCUCAGGGGUACAUGAGCCCGUCUACUGACCUCGACGGGCGCUUAAAAAAAAUUCGAAACAAAGCUUCCCGUAACAAAUAUACAGGAGAGUAUCAGUUCCAGAUGGAGGUAGAAAAAUUAAUCCGAUCCGCAUACGAUGGUCACUUUACUGCUCCUAUGGAUCUAUUGUCAAUCUUCAAGUUCGAACGAGAUCAAGUGGGCCCCCUUGUAUCCUUAUCAGAUAAUGGCAGAGAUUUACCAAAGGUUUACUUAUUAUACGACGUGCGGAAGAAAAUCAACGAAAUAUCCGCCAUCCAAACAAUCGAUGGUGAAACCGCAGCAAAAUGGCUGAACAAAUUAUCCAAAGAAGAUUAUACCUCACACGAUCCAGACGCCCGCCACAAUGGACUUUAUUACAAUAUCCCGCGUGGCGUGUCUGGCUAUAGCGGUACGUUUCUGAAGAGCGGAGUUCUUAACCCCGGUAAUAAGAUCACGAUUGGGUUCGAAAAUGGAACGACCAAAGAAUUCGAAAAUUCCGCCACCUCAUCUGCCGACUGGACUGCAGUAACAGACGGCCCCUCGUUCUACAACAAGUUCUGCGGUGGUGAAUCGGCUCCAUUGACUUCAAGAGCGAUAUCAGAAUUCAACGAAACCGCCCCAUCGUUGCAUGAGCAGGAGCUGCCGAUAGAUACACCGUAUAACACCUUUGCUACGCGUAACACUGGUGGGUCGGAUUUAAAACCAGUUGUCAAGUCUUCUAGCGAUGAGAUGUUCGGCUACUUUCUCGAGAAUUCAAAUGUUGCUGUGCUUCGCCUCACGUCUUUCGACGCAAAAAAAAACAGGUAUCUUAUAGAAAAUUACAGCCACUCAAUCACCAAGUUUUUGACAGAAUGUCGAAAGGCUGGAAAGGAAAAACUCAUUGUUGAUGUAAGCGGCAAUGGAGGCGGUAUUGGCUUCCUUGGAUUUGACACAUUCAUUCAGAUUGCUCCAAAUGGCAAACUACAAAGCCCAAUAGAAAUUGCUGCAACUGAGCAGUUUGAUCUCCUCGGUGGAACUAUCAAUCGUCUCCUUGCCGAUGACACGCUACCAAAAGCCAUGGCCGCAAGAUUUGAAAAAGAUAAAUUGUUCGACAUAAAUUCUUACGUCGAUAAUAACGGUCAGAAGUUCAAGUCGUGGAAGGAGUUUUUUGGUCCACGGGAUGGUUUUACCAACCUCUUUAAUUGGGAUUUUAAUAAUCUCAAGGCGUCUGGUAGUGUCGGUGGCCUUGUUAUUACUGGGCACGGUAGCCGCGCCCCCGUUGCCCCUCUAUUCCAAAAGGAGAAUAUCGUGUUGGUGACGGAUGGUAUCUGUGCCUCUACCUGUGCAAUUCUGGCUGACUUGAUGCGACGCCAUGGGAUCAAAAGCAUUGCUGUGGGAGGGCGACCCAAACGUGGCCCCAUGCAAGCCGUUGGUGGUGUCAAAGGCGAGCAGGUCAUCAGCUUCGGUAACCUCUUUUUCAAAGCUAAGCAGGUGUAUGACAACUUCUUGACCCCAGAAGAGAAGAAACAGCAUGAGAAUUCCCGACUAGCCAUGAUGGCCACUAAGGGAAACGCUGUGCUGAACCGACUCCCUAAUUUUGGAGACGAUUCCAUUAUUAACUAUCGUAACAAAGUAUACGCUGAAGACCAAAGCCGCACGCCGCGUCAGUUCGUGAACGAGCCGGCUGACUGCAAAAUAUGGCGGACAAAGGACGCACUUUUUGAUAAGAACAAGUGGUGGACUACCAUAGCAGACUCCUGGUGGGGCAAUAAGGAUAUCUGCAUCGAAGGCAGUCGCCCAUCCAGUGGGUGA